AUGCAGGCAUCUUCGUGGGAGUCCAAUACUGACGGCUGCAUGAUGAAGGUCAGUGCAAGGACAUACGAGGAAAGCCACCGCCCACCAAGGAAGAAAGAAUGUGUGCCCACCAGUGCUUUGAUCAGCUUGUCUUGCUCCGCCGCCAAGGUCUCGCACACAAACACCUUGCCGGCGGCCUCCAUGUGCAGCUUCAUGCUGACACAGGCCAGCAUCACCGCCAUGGGCUCGGGCAUGCCACCGGGUCGCUGCCGGAAGAGCGUUGGGUGA